AGCCGCCUCUAUUUAACUCCCGCCCGUGACCUCCUUGUGCUGAAGUGCGCGCGGAUCUCCACCACAGACACAGCAUGCCGCCGUUUGAGAAAACCCCGCUGCAGAGCAAAUCCUUCAAACAGAGGAAGAGCUUCGCCACGAGGAAGCAGGAAGUUGCCGGGAUCCGGUCCAAGUUCCCCAACAAGAUCCCGGUCAUCAUCGAGAGGUACGAGAGGGAAAAGUAUCUGCCUCCGCUGGACAAAACCAAGUUCCUGGUGCCGCACGAGCUCACCAUGACCCAGUUCGUCACCAUCAUCAGGAACCGGAUGGCGCUGCUGCCCAGUCAGGCUUUCUACCUGCUCAUCAACAACAGCGGGCUGGCCAGCAUGUCUCUCUCCAUGGCCCAGGUCUACAAAGACCACCAGGACGAGGACGGCUUCCUGUACAUGACCUACGCCUCGCAGGAGAUGUUCGGACGCUGACACAAAGCUUCACUUGACGUUUUAUUUCCUGUUCCAGGCUGCUGGUCUGAAUCUGCUGUAAAUAAUAAAUAUUUUUAUACCCUGUAA